UGUGCUUUGUGUCUGGAGCUCCUGAGGGAUCCAGUCUCCACCAGCUGUGGACACUGGUUCUGCAGAUGGUGCAUCACCUCAGACUGGGACCAGUCUGAUCCAUCAGGAGAUCCUGCCUGUCCCCAGUGUGGAAAAAGAUCCAGAACAAGACCUGGACUGUGGACACCCAGUCAAACCAGCCCAGUGGAUGGCGGUCUGCAGGAGGUUUUAGACAAGCAUAAGAUCAGUCUGAGGAGGAGAUGUGAAUUUGUGACAGAAGGAACUACUGCAGCUGGAAGUGGAACCCCCCUCAACAGGAUCUACACUGAGCUCUACAUCACACAGGGACAGAGUGAAGAGGUUAAUACCCAACAUGAGGUGUGGCAGCUGGAGACAACAUCCAAGAUGGAGACCCUCAGUGACACUCCAAUCAAGUGCCAGGACAUCUUUAAACCCUUACCUGGCCAGGACACACACAUCAGAGUAGUUGUGACGCAGGGCGUUGCUGGCAUUGGAAAAACCUUCUCAGUGCAGAAGUUCACUCUGGACUGGGCAGAGGGCUUGGAAAACCAACAUGUCAGUCUUGUGGUUCUGCUUUCAUUCCGGGAGCUGAACUUGAUCAAAGAUGAGCGCUACAGUCUUCUCCAGCUGCUCCGUGUUUUCCAUCCAACAUUACAGACGGUCACAGCAGAGAAGCUCGCCGUCUGUAAAGUCGUGUUCAUCUUUGACGGCCUGGAUGAAAGCAGGUUUUUAUUGGAUUUCCAGAACAAUGAGGUCGUGCCUGAUGUCACACAGACAUCAUCAGUAGACGUGCUGUUGACAAACCUCAUCAAGGGGAAUCUGCUUCCCUCAGCUCUCCUCUGGAUAACUUCCAGACCUGCGGCGGCCAAUCAGAUCCCUCCUACAUGUGUUGACAGGGUAACAGAAGUGCGAGGGUUCACUGACCUCCAGAAGGAGGAGUACUUCAGGAGGAGGUCCGGUGAUGAGGAGCUGUGCAGCAGAAUCAUCUCACACAUCAAGGUGUCCAGGAGCCUCCACAUCAUGUGCCACAUCCCAGUCUUCUGCUUGAUCACUGCUACAGUUCUGGAGCACAUGUUGACUACAGAGCAGAGAGGAGAGCUGCCCAAGAGCCUGACUGACAUGUACUCACACUUCCUGCUGGUUCAGACACAGAGGAAAAAGAACAAGUACGAUGAGAGACAUGACAGGAGUCAGCAGGAGCUGAUGGAGACUGACAGGGAAGUUCUUCUGAAGCUGGGCAGGCUGGCGUUUGAACAUCUGGAGAAAGGCAACCUGAUGUUCUACCAAGAAGACCUGGAGGAGUGUGGUCUUGAUGUCAGAGAGGCCUCAGUGUACUCAGGAGUGUGCACAGAGAUCUUCAAAACCGAGUGUGUGCUCUUCCAGAGAAAAGUCUACUGCUUUGUUCAUCUGAGCAUUCAGGAGUUUCUCGCUGCAGUCUACAUCUUCCACUGCUACACCAACAGGAACACAGAGGUACUGGCCAGAGUCAUGAGAACACGCAAGAAUAAAGGUGUUGACAAUGAGCCAUCGCUGGAUAUCUUCCUGGAGACAGUCAUGUCUGAAGCCCUGCAGAGCAAAAAUGGUCACCUAGACCUCUUUGUCCGUUUCCUUCAUGGCCUCUCACUGGAGUCCAGCCAGAAGCUCUUAGGAGGCCUGCUGGGUCAGACAGAGAGCAGACCAGAAGACAUCAAGAGAGUCAUCAACAAACUGAAGAAGAUGAACACCAGUAGUGUCUCACCUGACAGAAGCAUCAACAUCUUCCACUGUUUGAUGGAGAUGAACGACCUCUCAGUACAUCAGGAUAUCCAAGAGUUCCUGAAGUCAGAGAACAGAUCGGAGAAGAAACUCCCUGAGAUCCACUGCUCAGCUCUGGCCUACAUGCUGCAGAUGUCAGAGGAGGUUCUGGAUGAGUUGGACAUGAAGGUAUACAAAACAUCAGAUGAGGGACGACGGAGACUGAUCCCAGCUGUGAGGAACUGCAGGAAGGCUCGAUUUUCUGGCUGUGGACUCUCAGAGACUCACUGCGAAACCGUGGCCUCGGCUCUGAAGUCCAACCCCCAUCUGACAGAGCUGGACCUGAGUGAGAACCACUGGCUGCAGGAUUCAGGAGUGGAGCUGCUGUCUGCUGGACUGGAGAGUCCAAACUGCAGACUGAAGACUCUCAGAUUGAGGCGCUGCGAGUUGUCAAAGAGCUGCUGUGCUUCUCUGGCCUCGGCUCUGAAGUCCAACCCCCAUCUGACAGAGCUGGACCUGAGUGAGAACCAGCUGCAGGAUUCAGGAGUGGAGCUGCUGUCUGCUGGACUGGAGAGUCCAAACUGCAGACUGGAGACUCUCAGAUUGAGUGGCUGCGAUUUGUCAGAGAGCAGCUGUGCUUCUCUGGCCUCGGCUCUGAAGUCCAACCCCCAUCUGACAGAGCUGGACCUGAGUGAGAACCUGCUGCAGGAUUCAGGAGUGAAGCUGCUGUCUGCUGGACUGGAGAGUCCAAACUGCAGACUGAAGACUCUCAGAUUGAGGCGCUGCAGGUUGUCAGAGAGCAGCUGUGCUUCUCUGGCCUCGGCUCUGAAGUCCAACCCCCAUCUGACAGAGCUGGACCUGAGUGAGAACCUGCUGCAGGAUUCAGGAGUGGAGCUGCUGUCUGCUGGACUGGAGAGUCCAAACUGCAGACUGAAGACUCUCAGACUGAGGGACUGCAGCUUGACAGAGAGCAGCUGUGCUUCUCUGGCCUCGGCUCUGAAGUCCAACCCCCAUCUGACAGAGCUGGACCUGAGUGAGAACCAGCUGCAGGAUUCAGGAGUGAAGCUGCUGUCUGCUGGACUGGAGAGUCCAAACUGCAGCCUGAAGACUACACUGGAUCCAAACACAGCGCACAGAAUCCUCCGUCUGUCUGAGGACAACAGGAAGGUGACGAAGGUGUUCGAGUGGCGGCCGUAUCCUGAUCACCCAGACAGAUUUGACUGGGCGUCUCAGGUUCUGUGUAGAGAAGGUCUGACUGGGCGAUGUUACUGGGAGGUCCAGUGGAGUGGAGGGGUUCAUAUAGCAGUGACUUACAGAAGAAUCACAAGAAGUGGUGCUGACUCUCUGCUUGGAUUCAAUAAACAGUCCUGGAGUCUGGAGUGCUCUGAUGAUGGUAACAGCUACACUGUCAGUCACAACAGUGAGUUCACCUUCAUCUCUGUCCGUCCCCGUGGAUCUCACAGAGUAGCAGUGUAUCUGGACUGCUCUGCUGGGACUCUGUCCUUCUACAGAGUCUCUUCUGACAGACUGACACUCCUGCACACCUUCAGCUCCACCUUCACUGAGCCGCUCCUCCCUGCGUUUGGUUUGGGGUCAUCUGGUUCUUCUAUUGUGGUUGAGCUGCCAGUUUCUCAGAAACAAACUCUGACCUGAAAGUGUUUAGAACAUGUUUGACUGAUUUGUGGUUUAUGGUUGAUUUUUUUUUUUUUUUAUUGUAUCAGGCAUCUUGGUGGAUAAUUGUUAAUUGAUUGAUUGGACAGGCGCGUAAAUAUAAUAAGUCAUUAUAAUGUUUGUAUAUUCAAAUCUUAAUGUUGUGAAAAAGUGUCAUUUAAACCUCCUCCUCCACUGAUUGAUUUUUUUUGUAUUUCUAGUCACUAAACACAGACGUGAGAAUGACAGCACAUUGCUCACUGGAGAGCUGUGACUGGAGCCCCUCUCCUUUUGUGCCCCUCCCUUCACCUGUUGAUCUCCAAGUCACAUUAAGAUGUUUAACGGUCUAUACCUGAUGUUUUACUUUCAACAGAUUUGUAUUUCAUUUUGGACAGUGCACAUUAAUAAACACAUGACU